AUGAAACGUAAAUAUACACAAAUAUAUCGCGAUGAAUGGGAGCAAGAUCCCUCAUUUAAAAGUUGGUUGUCUAAAUCUAGAGUAAACACUACGAGUGCUCAUUGUAAAGCAUGCAACUGUGAAGUACUAAGUAGAGUGGCAUCUUUAAAGGAACAUAUGGCUACAUCAAAGCAUAUAAAAAACAUGAAAGGAUAUUCCGGCAUUUCUAAGAUUGAUACGAUUUUUAAAACAUCAACUAUUUCGGAAGAAGUAAAAAAGCAGAAAUCAGCAUUGUAG